UGAUUUGAUUAAACCACAAAAAGCACAUUAUUAAGCCGGUUUCUGAUAGGCAAACAACACAUUUGUUUCUCCCGCAUUGCAGCUCCAUCGUCCUCCAUCAACCGGCGGCGAGCCAGCUUCGUCACACCCUCGCUCUCUGUGCAAACUCAUUCACCAUGACAGUCAGCAUAUUCGACCACCAGCUCCCCAACGACUCUCACAACCUCUACGAUGUGUCGUUCUACACGGACAAUAUCCAUACUCUUGUCACCCAAACCCCUUCCAUGGUCAACACUUGGCUCACCGAAACCUACCAAAUCUACCAGAGCCGUCCCCACCGCAUGAUUGUCGGACUUGACGUCGAGUGGCGCCCCAGCUUCAACAGCUACCAGAACCGCGUCGCCACUCUGCAACUCUGCGUUGACGGCCGCUGCCUCAUCUUCCAGCUCAUCCAUGCCCCCUUCAUUCCCCCCUCUCUUGUCAACUUUCUGGGCGAUGCCAGUUUAACCUUUGUGGGGGUCGGCAUAGAGAGCGACGCUGAGAGGCUCUUGGAAGACUAUGGGUUGGGAGUGGCCAAUGCAGUUGAUCUUCGGGUUCUGGCUGCAGAGGAGUUGGGGGGGAGGGAGCUGAGGAAUGCUGGGUUGAGGGGCUUGGUCAUGGAGGUGCUCGGAAAGGAGCUUACGAAGCCGAAAAGAGUUACGAUGAGUAGGUGGGACAAUAUGUGGCUUACUCAUGCUCAGGUGCAGUACGCUUGUCUUGAUGCUUUUCUGUCUUUUGAGAUUGGGAAGUGUUUAAACGCAGCAGGUUAGGAUUAUUCUUGGAUUUUGGGAUGUGGGUUUUGGUGGGUUUCUUGGAUGAAAGAGUUUGGACAAUAUUUGGGAUGGUUUUGUGUCUGUGUGAAUAUUAGUGUGAUUUUUCUUUUGUGGGUUUCAUGAAUAUGGAAUAUGGAACUUGGAUGGUGGGCUUUGGAAUUUGGAUUAGUACGGUGCCAUUAUGUGUUCCAUUUCUUUUUUCUUUCUAGGGAUUAAAUUGUUUGGUGACAUUUCUUUGUCCUUACAAGGUUGAAUUACGUUUA